GUAAUCGGAAAGCAAGGCGGCAUCAUGGCGGAAUGCACAGACACACUUUGACUUGAACAGAUCCUUCUGCUGAUGUUGAGGACAUGCCCGAGCUCUCGGACGCUGAUGACGACUCCGGUGAAGACGAAGAGCAGUGGCAGUGGAUGGAGGAGGACAGUCAACACAUUACCUGUUUGUUUUGUGACAGAUUGCUGAAUUCGGUGCCUGACACCCUGCAGCAUUGCACAGUUGAGCACCACAUCAACCUUGUCGAUGUGAUAAACAAACACAAUGUGGAUGACUACAGUUACAUAAAGCUGAUCAACUUCAUACGCUCAACGAAAUGUGAACCAUCACGCCUGAUGGGGCUGCCAGACGGUCCCUUACCGUGGGAGAGUGAAGACUUCCUCCGGCCCGUUAUACAGGAUGACCCUCUACUCCAAACUGACCCAGAGGAGCUGUGUGGUCAGCAAGAGGUGGGUCUGUCAGCAUGCGAGCCAUCAGGGGCACAGUCCCACCAUGCAAUAUUGCAGAGGGCAAACGCUGCUGAGGAGAGAGCCUGCCGCUCAGAGGAGGCACUGGCUCGCGCCAUGGAAGACCUGCACAAACUUAAGCUGCUGGCUCAGGGUUUGGUGCUGAAUGCGGAAACCAGAAGAACCGCUGCUAACAUGGGCAGUAUAGCGGCGCUUCAAGAUGAUGAGGACGAAGACUACUUCAGCUCCUAUGGCCAUUAUGGCAUCCAUGAGGAGAUGCUGAAGGAUAAAGUGCGAACUGAGAGUUACCGCGACUUCAUGUACAGUAACCCUGAAGUGUUCAGAGACAAGGUCGUUUUAGAUGUGGGUUGUGGGACCGGCAUACUAUCAAUGUUUGCUGCCAGGGCCGGAGCCAAGAAAGUCAUUGCUGUUGACCAAUCAGAAAUCAUCUACCAGGCCAUGGACAUUGUCAGGUCAAACCAGCUGGAGGACAAGAUCACUUUCCUCAAAGGCUGCAUAGAAGACAUUGGCCUACCUGUAGAGAAGGUGGAUAUCAUCAUCUCUGAAUGGAUGGGUUACUUUUUGCUGUUUGAGUCCAUGUUGGACUCAGUCCUGGUGGCCCGAGAUCUGUAUUUGGCUGAUGGUGGCUCAGUCUUCCCAGACCUUUGUAACAUCAGCUUGGCAGCAGUUGGAGAUAAACAGAAGCACCAAGAACGCAUUGCAUUCUGGGAUGAUGUGUACGGAUUCAACAUGGCAUGCAUGAAGAAGGCCGUGGUGCCAGAGGCUGUGGUAGAAGUGGUGAAUGCAGACACGCUCAUCUCUGAGCCUUCAGUCAUACAGAGAAUUGACUGCAACAAAGUGUGCCUGUCAGAGUUGGAGUUUGCAUCUGACUUCUGCUUGAAGAUUACAAACACCACAGACUGCACGGCAAUUGUCGGCUACUUUGACAUUUUCUUUGACAAAGGCUGCUGCAACAAGGUGAUGUUCUCCACGGGUCCCCACGUCACAAAGACCCAUUGGAAACAGACUGUCUUCCUUCUGAAGCGACCGAUUGCAGUCCAGGCUGGGGAAGAGCUUCAAGGAAAGAUAACGGUGCGUAAAAACAAAAAGGACCCUCGCUCGCUGUUGGUCACCUUGACUCUUCGAGACAGAAAGCUGACCUACUACCUUCAGUAAUGUCGUGAAAGUAAUGCCAUGAGUGUUGCUGCCCCCGUCUCUUUUUUUAAGCAAAUUAGCCAUUCCUUGUGUUUAAUAAAGAAAAUACUGUCUAA